AUGACUUUUCGCCCAGAUGGAGGCGCGAAUUCUUGUCCAAGGAGGUUAAUCUUUUUUUCUAAGGAAAAUGGCAUUCAUAGGUUGCUGACAAAACCUUAUACUCCGGAGCAAAAUGUUGUUGCUGAGAAAAACAAUCGCACUAUGGUGGAGAUGGAAAGAACCAUGCUACAAGAGAAGGGAGUUCCGAAUCAGAUUUGGGCUCAAACUGUAACAACAUCAGGCCAUUUAUUGAAUUUUUCCCCAAUGCAGUUUGUUAUUUCUCAAACUCCAUUUAUCUUGGAAGGACUGUAUAACCCUCUUAGUAGAAAGAUUUUAAUUAGAAGGGAUUUAGUAGUUGGUCAAACUCCAAGCUGGAAUUCGAGUGGAAGCAACGAUAAGAUGCAUGUACAAAUUCCUAUGUCUACUGGAACCACUUUUGAUGCAAUUCCGCAGCCAACUACUACAGCUACAACAACCGGGAGCAGAAACACUUCAUCUACUACUCUUGAAGAGUCUUUAGAUGAGACAAUUCCAUUAAGAAUAUCAACAAGGCUUAAAAAGCUGAACCCCGAGUACGCCAAUGACAUGUAUACAACUUGUCAAAUCUCUUUUGAAACGUCAGAUCCUACACAUUAUGAAGAAGCGGAUAAAAAGGAAGAGUAG